CUAGGUCGUGGCAAGUAGUGAACGCCUCAUGUCAGUCGCGUGGUUGGCCUUCUUGGUUGGUAUAUGGGGGAAUCGCCGCGAGACUGGGAUCAGGAUUAUUGCUGGGAUUCACUACAGCGAUUGCAGAUAUAAUAUCCUAUAUUAUAUCUUGUAUAUAUAAACCGACGAAAGCCAAACCCCCCUGGCGUGAAUGGAAUAAACCUAACCGCCCGUGCAACACACCAUGGGUUUGAUGACCGCGUUGAAGGCCCAGCUGUCGCCCAGCGGCGCUGGGGAUACCCCUACUCCUGCGUCGCCCUCGGCGACCGCCGAUGAAAAGCAGCCCGAGAUGAUGAAAUCGAUCGAAGGUACGCUACAGCAGCAGAACAUCUAUACCGAUCCGGAGAUCGCGGGUGCGGCCAAGAUCGAGGCCAUCGAGUCUGUCUGGGGCAAGCGAGGCCGAUACAUGCUCUAUCUGGGGUUGGCUAUGAUGAUGAUUAUCUUUGAACUCGACAAUUCGACCGUGGGCACCUAUCUCACCUAUGCAACCUCUUCCUUUGACGAGCUGUCCAUGCUCAGUACCCUCACCACAGCAGCCAGUAUCAUCCUGGCCGUGUUCAAGCCACCGAUCGCCAAGAUGUCAGAUGUCAUCGGUCGUGGCGAGACGUACAUCUUCACCGUCAGCUGCUUCAUCCUGUCCUAUAUCCUGUGCGCCUCAUCGGCGACCAUCAACGUCUACGCCGGCGGCUACGUCUUGUACGCGAUCGGCCAGUCGGGCACGGCCAUGCUGGACGCCAUCCUGAUCUGCGAUCUGACCAGCAUGCGCUGGCGCGGAUUCUCCUACAACAUCAUCUACCUGCCCUUCCUCAUCACCCCCUGGAUCUCCGGAGUCAUCGUCGACAGCGUCGUCGACGGCAUCGGCUGGCGCUGGGGUAUCGGCAUGUUCGCCAUCCUGAUGCCCGUCUGCGCCGCCACCAUCAUCACCACGCUGCUGGUCUUCCAGCGCCGCGCCAAGCGGGCCGGGCUCGUCCUCGUGGAGCGGAUCACCAUCUACGAGUUCUGCUCGCGCAUCGACCUCGGGGGGACCAUCCUGCUCAGCGGCGGCUUUGCCAUGAUCCUGCUGCCCAUCACGCUGGCCGCCACCACCACCAGUAAGUGGCAGACCCCCUGGGUCGACGUCCUGGUUGCCUUGGGUGUCGUCGCCCUGAUCUGCCUGUACCCCUACGAAAAGUGGGUGGCCAAGCACCCGGUCGUGCCCGUGCGCUACUUCUCCAACCUGGCCGUCGUCAUCCCCGUGCUGAUCGCCUGUCUCGACAACAUGGGCUUCGGCUCGACGCACACCUACCUGUACGCCUGGUCAAUCGUCUCGCACAACAUGUCGGCCCGCAACGCCCUCUACCUGGCGUACGUCAACGGCGUUGUGCAGUGCCUGACGGGCAUGCUGGUCGGCACCCUCAUGUACCGCACGCGCUCCUUCAAGUGGAUCGGCGUGGCGGGCGCCAUCAUCCGCCUGAUCGGGUACGGCGUGAUGAUCCGCCUGCGCACCAACCACAGCUCCGUUGCCGAGCUGUUCGUCGUCCAGUUCAUCCAGGGCAUCGGCAGCGGCAUCAUCGAGACCGUCAACAUCGUCUGCUCGCAGAUCGUCGUCCCGCACGCCGAGCUCGCCCAAGUCACCGCCCUCAUCUUCCUCGGGGCCUUUCUCGGCGACGGCAUCGGCGCCGCCAUCGCCGGCGGCAUCUACACCGACACCCUGCGCGGCCGCCUUGCCCACCACCUCGGCAGCUCCGCCAAUGCCACCGAGAUCAACGAGCUGUACGACUCGAUCACCGGCGUGCUGCCCACGUGGGGGACUCCAGAGCGUCUCGCGGUGGAUGAGGCAUACUCGGAUGUCAUUACUAUUGCCGCGCUCGCGCUGUCCGUGCCCGUCGUGGUGCUCGCCUUCUUCAUGCCGAACAACAGACUAGGUGAUGGACGUAACCUCAUGGAGGGCGUCGAGCCGACCGAAACCAAGCAGCCUGAGGCUGCUGUGACUGAUGCUCCGAUCGAACUAGCUGAGAAAUGAUACAUGUCCAGAUACGAAUAAAUAUGAUAAU